AUCGAGCAGAGUCUCAGUCCCCAGUCGUGCUACAACGAGCGUGUUCGAAUACUCGAAAGUAAGAAAUUUAGUUUUUCCAUUUGCAAGAAGAAAAAGUAAAACAAGGCAAAAGAAAAUGGUGGUGAAUUUCAAAGUCUACAAAAAAUGUUCACCGAACGGAAAAAUAGCAUUGUACUUGGGAAAACGAGAUUUCAUCGAUUACCUGUCGGGCGUCGAGCCCGUGGACGCGGUGAUAUUGCUCGACCAGGAGUACAUUGAUUCCGGUCGGAAAAUAUGGGGUCAACUGGUUUGCACGUUCCGUUACGGACGCGAGGAGGACGAAGUGAUGGGUUUGAACUUCCAGAAGGAUCUUUAUCUCGUUUCCGAGCCUCUGUAUCCACGAGAAUCGAAGAUGGAGGCUAAUUUGACGAGAUUGCAGGAGCGCCUUCUGAGAAAAUUGGGACCGAACGCGAUACCUUUCACCUUCAAUUUUCCGCAAAGUGCGCCCUCCAGCGUGACUCUUCAGCCCGGACCGGACGAAACUGGGGAACCCUGCGGGGUCAGUUAUUACAUAAAAAUAUUUUCGGGUGAGAACGAGACCGAUUUGAGCCACAAGCGCAGCACCGUCAACCUUGGCAUACGAAAAAUUCAGUACGCCCCAACGAAACAGGGAAGACAACCGUGCACCGUUGUCAGAAAAGACUUUCUUCUCAGCCCCGGUGAACUCGAGCUCGAGGUCACUCUCGACAAACAAUUGUACCAUCACGGUGAGCGGAUCGCCGUGAACGUAUGCGUGAGAAACAACAGCAACAAAGUCGUCAAGAAAAUCAAAGCUCUGGUGCAGCAAGGCAUCGACGUCGUGAUAUUCCAAAACGGACAAUUCCGCACGGUCAUCGACGCUGUCGAGACUCAAGACGGUUGUCCCAUAAGCCCAGGCUCGACUUUACAGAAAGUCUUGUACCUCAAACCCGAAGUCGACAACAAUCGAAACCGACGUGGCAUCGCCCUCGACGGUAGACUCAAACGGGAAGACAGCGAAUUAGCUUCGAGCACAUUACUCACUUCUCCCGACGUCAGAGAUUCCUUCGGCAUCGUUGUCUCUUACGCCGUCAAAGUAAAACUUUACCUCGGCGCUUUGGGCGGCGAACUUUCCGCCGAAUUACCAUUCAUACUCAUGCGACCAAAGCCUGCUGAUAGGGUCAAACUCAUGACCACCGAGAGCCUCGCCAUCGAGGAACUUCCCCACGAAGAAAAGACCAAGGAUUUUCAACCGAUCCAGAGCGGCUAGUACCGGCUUUUAUUCUCGUAGUUUUACCCUUUUUCAUUAUCUCCCCCCUCUUCGUUUAACUUUAUAGCGCUUUUGUCAUUCCCACUAAACAAUUUAUCAUCCGAGCAAGCGAAUUCACCGAAAAAUAAUUUAUAAAUUUCGUUCAAGAUCCUCCAAUUUCCAAUUCGCUCACAUCAAAUGGAGCUAAACAAGUUUUUUUCAUUCCGAAUAAAGUCACUUGACUAUUUUCCACUCGUCGUCCCAAAAAAUGCGUCUUUAUUCGAACGUUCGUCAGAGAAAAAAACACUCAAAAUUCUCCUCCGAAUAAAUUGGUGUAGGAAAAAGAACAAAAGUAUUUAAAAAGCCGAAUAAAACUGUUAAAAACUGGGCUCAUCCACCUUAUUAAGCAACAGAAUUAUUCCAAAUACCCUAAAAUAGUGUUAAGCUCAUAACGAACCGUUAGAAUUAUUCUUCCCAUAGUGUUAAGAGAUUGAAGAUGGACAUAUUCGUGAGAUGAAAAAUAUUGUUACCGACGAAACGUCGAAUGGUUCGAUCGGACGAGCCAACAGUGGCGUCCGAUAGUUUUUCUUUCAGAUUUUUCAUGAUCUGGAUAUUUGAAAAAUUGUCGAGCGUCAUGUGGAAAAAAGGAGGUAAAAAAAGAUGCAAAGAGGGAGAGAAAGGAGGAAAAUCUCUGGUUAACGAGAUGAACGUAUGGCGACUCGGGACUGCUGAGUGCAGGGUUUCUAUUUGGGAGCUUUCCCCGGGAACAAGAAUUACGUAAACACAGGGCCGUUACAGGUCAUUACCGUAAGUCGGAUUACAUCGAUUUUUUGCACCGGUGUGUGUGUGUGUGUGUGUAUGUGUGUGCUCCCACCGACGAGCGUAAUUCUUCUCAAGUCCGAAACGCAGCUGAUCAAUGAUGAACGUAACAAGACUUCGUUCUUAACGACGCUCGCGUUAUAAUAAUUUAAAAAAUUCUCCAAUCAUCGUGAGACUUACGAUCGGUGUAAAAUGAUUGUAUUUUCGAUUGACAAUCGUUUAUAUGACGAAUGCAAUGCUAUUCGACACGUUGAAAAUUUGAUAAAAUGGCAUCGAAAGGUGUGUCAGAUUUUAGAUAAAGCUUGAAAAUAAUCGACGAAAGCUGUGACUCAGCUUUCGACGAGGAGGAAUAAUUGUCGAUCGUGAAAAUUUUAUUGAAAAAUCGAAGAGAUAAAAUAACACUUUUCAUGAGACCAUUCUGCGUACGAUUAAAUUCGCUCAUCAACGAGUCAACGUACUUGCAAAUUUACAUUGGCAAACGACAAAGGCUUUUCCACGGUUUUAAGAUUCGUCUAUCGUUUUAGAUCGCUCGUUAUACAAUAAUCAAAUUUCCGUAGAUCAUCUAGUUCGCUUUAGUUCCAGGGAUCGUAACUUCAAUAAAAAUAGUAUUGUGUUACGUAUCACUGAAAUAUGAGUAAGCCCGAGUGAAAGUAUAUCCUCGGCAAGUAAUUUAAAUGGGUACAAUUAAAGCGUACAUUUAAUGGGAACCAAAUUAGUUGGUUUAGAAUAUUUCGCCAUGAUGACUGGAUUGAUUGACCAACAUUAAAAGGAUACCACAAAUAUACUCGUAGUUUCUAUGAGCUCUAUUAUAUCGUUAACUUAAACUUAAUAUUUAACUUUUAACGAGAAUCGAUCGUUGCGAGAGAAAAGCUCCAUUCAACGGAGUCUACUGACUCCGUACGAAAACUGAGAUCGCAUUUAAACGAGCUUCCAGCACGAUCCAAUGAAUUAAUCGUAGUUCGUAGCCAAUGAUAUUUUAUCGAAAUGUAAUAAUAUUCAAUCACGUCUGCUUGUAUUAUUAUGUGCGUGCAUCGUUCGUCGAAUGAUUAUUUAACGAAUAUCGCUUCUCAUAGACGACCACUGUUGAUGCUGAGGAAAGUGAAGGAUUUUCACUCCGUUACGAAACGAAUAAGCGAAAGCUUCGUUCUAUACGACAACUUGGCUCGAAUUUAUCGGUAUUCUCUUCUUCCCUUAAUUACACAUAUUAUCUCAUGAAAACCUCGCGUUUCCAUGGCUUAUCUAAUAAUAAUUAUAUGCAUAUAUUGUUAUUAACGUAUUAACAUAUUUAUAGAGACAAGAAUAUACAGACUGACGAUAUAUUUGGUUGUAAGUCCCCUUAAUGUCUACGUGUAUUCUCAACACCGGUGGUAAGUAUAUCAAAUGAGAACGACGGUGCAUCUUCCACGAGCGCAUGUCCGAACUACGGCCAACAACGCAUAGUUUUACUCUCUCGGUGAUCUCGCGCAUUUUAUUCCUCGCUGAGAAUAUAUGCUAAUGCUUAACAUAAGAUCUUCAGACUCCAGCUGAUCUCUUACAAACUCUAAGUACGUUACUAUCUUUUACAACGUUAUAUUAUGUAUUAUUUAUUUUAAAAGGUGUCUUCUAACAAAUAUGAAAUUCGAUAUCAUUGUAUAAGGAAAUAUGCGGCAUUAUGAAUAAACACGGAUACGAACACUC